CAACUCCAGCGCCGCUCCAUUUUUUGCAUGUAUUAUCAAUGCACUUGCUUUUUUUGUAUGUGAAAGAUGUCUUCGGCCAAAUCUGCAGCCAGAGACGCGGGGGCUGAUUGUCAUCAUUUCAUUGUGAAAAAUGAAUCAACCAAGUAUUUAUGUUACACGUCUUGCGACAAAGAUUCAUGGAUAUUACAUGUAACAACUGGCAUUGAUGUGUGGCGACUGGCCAUGGACUCCUCACAGUUGGAAUCUCAUAGAGAUUUGGCAGAUGUGACUACAAAUGAGGCUUAUUUUUUAAGAUUCAGCAAUGCUUUCAGAGCUGGGGACAUUACAGUGACACUCCAGAACCAUAAAGUCCUCCUGACAGUUGGAAGUGGUCCAAAUGCCCUCAGCUACGACCUUUUUGAAGCCAGGGCUGAUGAGAGCAAAGCUGAUUUACAGAGGGCGCUCUUCUACUUUGCAGAAUAUUCCAGUGAUUUGAAAAAGAAACUAACAGCAAAGAUCACUCAAGAAGAAGAGUUGGCAUUGCUGAAGAAACAGAGGACAAGUACCACUGACCAGGGCAACAUAUUACCAGAUUUUGAGAUGAAGAAGCAAUCAGGAAACCAGCCCAAGAUUGUCAAGCAACAAGGCCUCAGCAUAGUCAACCCAUCCAGUAAAAAGCGGAAAGCUGCCAAAGGGGUGGAGUUUGACUGAUGCCAAAAGAUCAAUAUUAUGCUUGCAAUGAAUUUCAACAUGGACUCCUAUUAUAGUCACAGAGGUCUUUCAAUAUGGUUGUGAUGAAUCAUAGAUGCUGUGAAAGCUGUCCAGAAUCCAGAGUACUAUCCAGUGUGUCAAGCUAUAGGAUAGGUCUCACUAAUCUGAUGCUAUUCCAUUGCCAAUGCGAUAUACAACCUCUUGGAUGGAGCUGAGAAUUCAAGGAUACAUUUGGUGUAUUACAAAGCUGACUGGUGUAAUGUUAAUAAUAUAUCCGUAUUACAUUUCAUUAACUGCAAAUUUAAUUAGGAAUACUACAAGUAUUUGUUUUAAUUAUUCAAGGGUGACAUUCUUAACAAUAGACAAUAAAGAAUAAUUAGAAAUAUAAUCUAUUUUUAAUAUGUAUUGUGCAGGACAACAAUGUUUUUAAUACCACUAUAAUUACUCCUGUCAAUGUGUUCAGUCCACCUUUACUUGUACACAAUGUAUAUAGGCUGGUCUUGAUGCUUGAUUGAAAAGAGACCAUAUUUAUAAACUAGAAUGAAAUGUCUUGCUGGCAAGAAAAUGUGAGAUAUGAAGACAGAGAAACCAAACCUUGUUAGUACUCUAACAGAAAUUUGUAGACAUUUAAUCAAAUAUCCCUGUUUCCUCAUUGUGUAUUAUCCAAUGAAGAUGGCAGUUAAAAAAGAAGAAAUCAAUUGUUGAUAAAAAGAAGGAUGCAAAUCAAUUAUUUGCCAUUUUGAGUUUUGGGCACUUAAUCAAUAAUGAAAAUAAUGAAAUUUGCAGAGACUUGAAAUCAAUUCUUUCUUUAAUUUGCCUGUAAAGCUAUGGACACUUUAAUUAAUUUGCUCUAGAAAAAUCAUGAAGCAUUGCUUUUCUUGAAAUCACUGUUUAUGACUGAAUUUAGACUGUUGGUCAGGAGUUUGGUCAAUAUUUCAAUAAACAUAUUAGAAAUUUGAUUACAACUUCGAUUACUUAUCCUUUCCAGGGCAAGUGCAUUGAAACUUUUCAUGCAAGUGAACUUUCAUUAUUGCUGUCAAUAUAUUGUCUUUUUUUUAAACUAACAUUUGUAUUCACAUGGAAAUGUAAAUAAAAUUUUCAAAAUAUGAGAGCAUCAUUAUUGUGAUAAAGAUACGAUUCAGCAUUUAUACAAUAAUUAAAUGUUAUGAAAUGAAAUGGCUCAUGAAAUGAAAUUCUACUCAAUGAAAUGAACUUGUUUCCUCAUUGAAAUGUCAUUUUAACAAGAAAUCCAAAAUAUUAUCCCCUUCAAUACAUUUAUUGUUGGUCUUCAAUUCACAGAAAAUUCAUCUUUUUAUUUAUGGAAAGUUAGAAUUAAAAAAAAUAUUCAAACUACGCAUUAGAUAGUCACAUUCUUUGGUGAAAAAAUUAAGGUUAGGAUAUUGAAUGAAAUUUUUGUAACUUGUUAAAUGUUCAAAUUUGAAUUCGUUCACAUUUUAGGAAUUUUAUAUUGGUAAAUGAAAUUAGUUGAAUUUGACAAUAGUGUUCGCUGAGCACUAAGAAAUUGAAAUCUUAUUGAAUGGAACUUUAGUAACUUGCUGAAUGUUCAAAUUUGAAUUCGUUCACAUUUUAGGAAUUGAAGAAUGUAUUUUAUAUUGGUAAAUAAAAUUAGUUGAAUUUGAGAAUAGUAUUCACUGAGUACUAAGAAAUUGAAAUCUUAUUGAAUGAAACUUGUAACUUACUAAAUGUUCAAAUUUGAAUUCGUUCACAUUUUAGGUAUUGAAGAAUGUAUUUUAUACUGGUAAAUGAAAAUUAGUUGAAUUUGAUAAUAGUGCUUGCUGAGCACUAAGAAAUUGAAAUCUUAUUGAAUGGAACUUUAAUAACUUGCUGAAUGUUCAAAUCUGAAUUUGUUUACAUUUUAGGAAUUGAAGAAUGUAUUUUAUAUUGGUAAAUGAAAUUAGUUGAAUUUGACAAUAGUAUUCGCUGAGCUCUAAGAAAUUGAAAUCUUAUUGAAUGAAGCCUUUGUAACUUGCUAAAUGUUCAAAUUUGAAUUUGUUUUGCAUUUUAGGAAUUGAAGAAUGUAUUUUUAUACCGGUAAAAGAAAUUAUUUGAAUUUGGCAGAAGUGUUCGCUGAGCACUUAGAAAUUGAAAUUUUGUUUUUUCUUGCAACUGGAUCGUAGAUUAAAUUCUAAUCCAAUCCUUGCUGGAAGUUGAACUUGCCUUGUAAAAUUCUAAAUUAUUGAAAAUAAAAAAAAUAGGUUUUGAUAUUUGGAUGCUAAGGAAACGUGUCUAACUCAAUAUGCUAGAAUAUAAAAACUGUUAUGACCACCUGGAAGGGAAUAUUGUGUAGAAAAGAUCCUGAAUUAAAAACUGUGUCACAUUCGAUUGAAAGAUAAUCUGAAAGAAAAUGAAUUCCAUGAAUUUCUGGAGAAGAUAUCGUAUUGUAUGAACUGACGAAAUAAAUUUCAAUGUAUGUAGUGAAUAUAAGAUU